GUGGCCGUGGCGCACGGGCUCUGCUCGGGCUCGCUCAACAUCCUGCUCAAGUUCCUGCUCGCGCGCUACCACUUCGCCUUCCUGACGCUGCUGCAGUGCGCGAGCAGCGCGGCGGCGGCGCUGGCGCUCGAGGCGCUGCGGCGGCGCGGGCUGGCGGCGCUGCCGCCCUUCGGGCCCCGCCUGGCGCGCCCCUUCGCCGCCGUGGCCGCGCUCGCCACGCUGCAGUCCACGCUCACGCUGUGGUCGCUGCGCGGCCUCAGCCUCCCCAUGUACGUGGUGUUCAAGCGCUGCCUGCCCCUCGUCACGCUGCUCACGGGCGCGCUGGUGCUGCGCGACGGCUUGCCCUCGCCCGGCGUGCUCGCCGCCGUGCUCAUCACCACCUGCGGCGCCGCGCUGGCCGGAGCUGGUGACCUGACUGGCGAUGCCAUGGGCUACGUGACGGGCGUGCUGGCCGUGCUGAUACACGCAGCCUACCUGGUGCUCAUUCAGAAAACCAGCGUGGAGAGUGAGUACGGACCCCUGACAGCUCAGUACGCCAUCGCCGUGUCGGCCACCCCUUUCCUCAUCAUCUUCUCCUUUGCCAGCAUGGACUCCAUCAACGUGUGGUCCUUUCCAGGCUGGAAGGACCCAGCCAUGGUGUGCAUCUUUAUUGCUUGUGUCCUCAUUAGCUGUGCCAUGAACUUUACCACCCUUCACUGUACUUACAUCAACUCGGCCGUGACCACUAGCUUCGUAGGGGUGGUGAAGAGCAUCGCCACCAUCACGGUGGGCAUGGUGGCCUUCAAUGAUGUGGAGCCCACAAAGUUAUUUAUAGCCGGCGUUGUGGUCAACACCUUGGGUUCAGUCAUCUACUGCGUGGCCAAGUAUGUUGAGACCAGGCGGAAGAGCAGCUAUGAGGACCUGGAGAAAGAAGCUGGGGAAGAGCAGGAAAAGGGCCGGGCUGGGGAGCAAGUGCUGUUUGCCAUGGAGGCGAUUUCCAGGGCAGAGGGGGCURAGGAAGCAGCGGCGGCGGCUGCAGCGAGUGGGGACAGUGAGCGCCGUGAGGAGGAGCAGGAGCAGAGCCCCGUGAAGCGCACGGAGGCGCCGGCCGCUGCCCAUGGAGGAGCCGCUGGCACAGCAGGGACGAGCGGGAGCCGGCUGAAGGAUGCCUAUCUCGGCGUGUGGAGGUUGGUGCGGGGCGCCAAGUACGUAAAGAAGGACUAUUUGAUAGAAAACGAAGAGGUGCCGAGCCCGUAGCRAGCAGGGGUAAAGAGCCGCGGAACGCCCUGCUCGAGGGGCCGCGGCCGUGCGCGGCGGGAAGGCAGAGCAAACAUUUCCCACAUCAAGCCUGACGGGUCCAGGUCAUUUAGGAUAACUUUACCUCAUCAUGCAAAAAGGCAGGGUUCGCUCGUGCUGCGGGCUCGCGGUGACCUGCUCUUGGUAGGACACGCCGGGCUGCCACAGCUGMGGGUGCCGAGCCCCCCGCUGUGGCCACGGGGCCGCGUGGCCACGGGGCGCAGGCAGCUGGCCGCGCUGUGGCCGUGCCCGCUCCCGUCACGUCGGCGACUGUGACACAGCGCUGGCCUGCGCCUCUGCUCCCUGUGGAGCCGGGUGGGCUGRCAGCGCUCGGAGGCUCUGUGGGUGUUUCUGUGUGUGUCUCCGUGCACUUAUAGGUGUUGUGUAGAAACGUGUUCCUGCGGUAUAUAAACCCCUGCGGACUGUACUUUUCUGUGCUCCUCUGUAUCAGUAUAAUUGUAACAGGGCUAGAAGCUGUGCCACUUUAAUCAGAUUGGUGUAAAAUCCCUCUCUUAACUGAAGACUCAGAAUUUCCACAAGUUAUGUGGCCAAUCUGAGCCUUAGACCCAGUUCACGUUGAAGAGCUUUUGGUCUUCAGCAGAACUUCUUGUGKCUCAUGGUAGUGUACCCAGGAGCAGAGUCACAUCUGAGCCGCUGAGAAGCUUUGGUCAGCAAAGCAAGGGUGCUUUUCCAUGAGUACAUGUAGCAUUGGGAAUAUUAACUUGACUCAAAUAAAAGAGUUUGGAAAUGCUGGAAUUAAUUUAUUUGGUUUGAGGGGAGACUAUUAAAAAAAUAGGAAGUGAGUGCUUAGUGCUAUCCCCCUCUUAUAGCCCCAAACCAGCUGAGUCAGAGUCUGGAUACAACCCUACGUCUCCUCUCCGUCUCUCCUUCACCUGAAGCACUUUGUUGGGCCCUGAGGGAUAAAAAACUGCCUUUUGACCUCGCGUGUUGCAGCGCUCCUGUGGGAAGCGGGAAGCGCUUGUGUUUCCUCUAAUUAACAUGCUGAUAUUUUGUGUCAAGCACAUUCAACAGGAAAGAUGGAGAAAGCAAAUGCUUGAGUGUUCCAUAGUUUGGGAUUAGGAGCGGGGAGGUGGGAGUCCUGGCAUCCUGGGAUUUGAGUCUGAGUAUCCCUCAUCCCAAGCAUCCCAACCAGACCACAGACCAAACCAAAUUGUUAUCAUUUCCUGAAAAACCUGUGUUUCAGUUGGUCUAGGUUAUUGUUAUUGCUCCUAUUUAUUAAGCCACUGAACUGAAAAUCAAUUAUUCCCACAGCCCUAAUUAAGCAGUGCCUACCCCAAUGCCUUUUGAAUCCAGCAUUAGCCUCCGAGUGCAUUCAUCACUGCAAUCAGCAGGACUGUGCACAGAAACAAGCAAUUCACCCGGCAGGGAGGAUCUGCAAACACUGGUGUCUAGGCAGGUUUUAGGUCCUCAUUAAAUUAAAUGCAGACAGAAACAUCAGGGUGCAAUAGCGUWUUU